AUGAUAGUUUUUGGACUUGAAAUCUUGACGUCUCGGUGAUCAGCCUCUGUAAAUUCGCAAAUCCCCACAAAGCAUCGUCUUGAACCAGGAGAGCAACGUUUCAAAGGACAAAAACAUGCGCUUCGUCCUACUCGCCACGUCCCUGGCGUCCCUCGCCGGCAUCGUUCUCGCCAAGCCUGAGAAGAUCAGGGGCGUGACCGAUCCCGUCUACCACCUGUACCUCCAAGCCUACCCAAAAGACAAGUCGAUCCCCGUCCUGGGGCCCGAGGCGUCAGCGGAGUUCUUCAACAUUGCGGGAACCAUCCAGAGCGCCAAUUCGAGCUCGUAUCUCAACAUUGGCGGCGAUGCUACGUCGUACAAGACUCUCCAGUUGAGCAACGCCUCCGGCACCAGCGCGUGGGGGCUCGAGGGUGAUACCAUCAUUACUACCCAGAGUAGUAGCUGGGGACGUCAGUUGAAUUUCUUGGUGUGUCAGCUUGACACAAGCUACUGGCAACUCUAUCUGCAAACCGGAAGCGAUGUGCCAACUGGCAGGAACUGCAGCAAUUAUCAGACGAUCCACCUGCCUUGCCUCUGCUAGAUGGUAUUGAUCAGGGAUAGUUUUUUUUCGUUGCACGGAGAGAGGCCUUCAGCGGACGAUGCAUCAUGUCUGGCUACGUUGCAUGUAGACAAUAGAUGGUCGUCAAAACUAAAGUCGCAAGAGC